AUGGAUAAUAACACAGCGAGAAUCGAAGCACAAGAACUGCAACAUGAGCAUUCAAAGAACUGUGCAACUGGAACAUCAGUCCAGAAUGAGCCCCUAAGCCAGAAGAGCUCUGUUCCUACGCCGGUCGAGCACACAGACAAAGCCAUUAAGGAUGAGACGACUGAGCUGGACAAGACACAGAGCGAACCCACCCCAGAGGCUGUCAAAGUUCCUCAUGCUGAACGGAGAGGACUGUUUGGACGCUUCACAUUGGUUGCGGAGGUCACAGAACCUAAACAUUAUCCACGCUCUACUAAAUGGUUUCUUACCUUUGUCGUGGCAUUAGCCGCUGUCGCGGCUCCUUUGGGGAGCACCAUCAUCUUCCCUUCGCUUCUCGAUAUCUCCCAUGAUCUAAAAGUCAGCCCUACAGUCACCAAUCUAUCAGCCUCUGUCUAUAUGCUGGCUAUGGCAAUCUUCCCGCUCUGGUGGUCCUCCUUCUCUGAAACGCUCGGCCGACGCUCCAUAUACCUCGUAUCGUUUACUCUUUUCCUCAUAUGGAAUAUCCUUGCGGCGGUUUCUGUGAAUAUAGCGAUGCUUGUUGUCAUGCGAACGCUAGCAGGAGGAGCAGCAGCAAGUGUACAAGCUGUGGGCGCGGGCACAAUAGCAGAUCUAUGGGAUACCUUGAAAGCCUCACCUCCCACCGAACCAGUUACAAAUUCCCCACCGACCGAGCCCUCAUCACUUUCCCGUACUACUUCUGUCCGCUCGGUCGCGCAGAAAAGCUCCCGCUACAUCCGCCUCCUCCGCCGCUUCUUCAUCGACCCCCUUGCCAUCGUCCUCUAUCUCCGCUUUCCCGCCGUUCUCAUUACAGUAUACUAUGCCGCCAUCACUUUCGGUAGUCUCUACCUUCUAAACAUUUCCCUCGAGACUACCUUCUCUGCCGCCCCUUACAAUUUCAAAAGCAUCAUAGUGGGCUUGACCUAUAUCCCGGCCGCAAUUGGCUAUAUUCUAGCGUCUAUAUUCGGCGGGCGUUGGACCGACCACAUCAUGGCGCGGGAAGCGCGGCGUGCCGGGCGGUACGAUGAGAAGGGAAAGCUGUUGUACAGGCCUGAAGAUCGGAUGAAGGAGAAUGCAUGGAUUGCUGCCAUCCUGUAUCCCGGAGCGCUGAUUUGGUACGGCUGGACGGUCCAAAAAGGCGUUCACUGGAUCGUACCCCUAGUAGCAAAUUUCUUUUUCGGAGUUGGCUCAAUGCUGGUGUUUGCGAUGGCGACAACGAUGUUGACGGAGUUCAUGCCGAAAAAGGCUAGUGCUGGCGUCGCAGUGAAUAAUUUGAUCAGAAAUAUCUUCAGCUGUAUAGGGAGUGUGGUAGCGCAGCCGUUGAUUGAUGCGAUUGGGAAUGGGUGGCUGUUCACUGGUGUAGGUGUCAUUGCUGCGAGUAGCUCUGUGGUGGUAUGGGCGAUGAGUAGGUUUGGGCCCAGGUGGAGGGAGAGGAUGAACCAUGAAUUAGGAUGA